AUGAAACGUUGUUGCAUAAAGAAAAAGAGCAGAUCAUUGGCCAAGCAAGAAAAAGAGCAGACCAUCAUAAAGAACGAGUCUAAAGAGGCUACCAAUCAAAAGGACCGAUCAGAGCCGUUGGAUCGUCUGCUUUCAGAUGAUGAUAUCAAUUCAAAAAAUAAAAAAGUAAAUUUACAAAAGAAAGGACUCAUAAGCUUCAACGAAUUACUAGCUGUUGAGAAUGAUCAACAAUCCAGCCCUCAAAAUCACAUGGUUGAAAAGACUCUUUACAUUGACACCAUACAUAAGGUGGAAAUGGAAACUGCCAAAUCUGAUGAGGGUAUUUUCGGAAUUUCACAUAUUCCGAAACAGGAUAAAGAAACUGGAUUUUGUGAAGACCCGAAAGUUGACCGAGAUUUAAAGGUUUCCCAACAAAGUGAAUUGGAGUUACCCGCUCCGCCACCAUUACCGAAAUCGCCCUCGGAUUCUUGGUUAUGGCGGACAUUGCCGUCUAUGUCCUCAAAAAAUCUAUCUUUACGGGCAAAUCCUAAUCCUAAAUAUCCUACUUCCAACACAAGGGCAAAAUUGGAAAAUUUUCAAUCACGAAAUCCUUUUCAGUUAAUUUAUUUGGACAAGACGGAACUGGACUGA